AAGUUUGAUUCUUAACAAGAAUUAUGAUUGGCUCACAUGACCAACGGAAUUUGAGAGAAUUAUUUUGAUUAGUUCUUUUACCAUUCGUAGUGCGCAUGUGCGGAAGAAGGACCAAAAUUGUAAACAACUGGGGAAGUUCGCGUUUUGAACGAAGCAGAGAAGGAAAUCAUUAGUCCUUGCCAAUAUUAGAUCUUGACUUUUGUCCGAUUUGUCAAACAGCUGCUUUAGAUUGUUGCACAUUUGAAGUUUGAGCAACUUACUAUUGGAAGGACCCCCCACUCCAUUAUAAUCUGACAGUCAGCAAAUUUUUUCCUUUUGACCUCAGUUGCACUCUCUUCCUAAUGACAAUGGCAGAGGAAAUAAAGAAGUUCAAGCUUCGAGAGGAGAAGCAUGUCAUGACAGAAGUUGAAUACAUGGCCUGGUCACCUUCAAUGGACCUUUUGGCUUUAGGAAAUAAAAAUGGAGAGGUUAUAGUAAAUAGACUGUCGUGGCAGCGUGUUUGGUCAUUGUCUGCCCCAAGUGAAGGGGACAAAGUGGGAGGAUUGGCAUGGAGGCCUGAUGGCAAAGUUAUUGCUGUGGGGUACAAAUCGGGAAUAAUCAGAGUCUGUGAUGUGGAGAAAGGGGAUCAAGUGUACAUUGCAGCUGUGAAAGGAGCGGUCACCAAUGUGGUGUGGUUAGAGCAGUCGAAACAACUGAGUGAAGGGGAAGAACACUAUGCAGAGGAUAAUUCUGAGAACUACUUGCCCUCAGCAAAGCAGCAGCAAACUCUUUACAGUGAAAGGAACGUUUCUAAGGAACAAUCUGGUCUGGAAGCGUAUGAACGGUUCAGGUAUCUUACCUCACAAAAAGAGCUGAAUUUGCUUAUUGUUGGUUCAGAUGCAUCUGAAGUAUCCAUAUUUUCAUAUGGUGCCUUCCCUACAGCUAUAGUUGAUCUGUCAAGUGAUGAAAUUCCUGAGUGCAUGAGUGUUGAUGAUGCCCUCAUCUCUCCAGAUUUGAGUUGUUUGUCCAUUAUUUUGAAGUCAACUGUAGAAGGCAUAAUUCAGUACAGAAUAAAAACGAUGGACACCAAUCUGUUGAUAGCUCGCCAUGAGGAGAUUCGUUUGCUGGCUGCCAAGUAUGUGAUGGUUGCUUCUGCCCAAAUGGAGCUUCAGGUGAUCAUCCAGCAGAUGUGUGAAGCCUGGGAGGACAUUUUGCGGGAAAUGGACUCCAGGCUCCUCAAACUUGCUGAAACCAAGCGUCCUGGACUUUGAGUCAUUUUUGCUGACUGAACUUACUGACAAGGGUUUGAAGAAGCUUGGUUUUUCUGUUGAGAAUUCCUACUCAAACAUUCAGAAAUUGGUUGUGAGACAACUCCAGAGAGUAAGCCAGAAUAUAACUGCUCAUCUUAGUGAUCUCCAUGGAAUGUCACAGUGGUAUGACAGAUAUGCAGUGUUGGGUCUUCGACCUGAAAUCUUACGAGAUGCAGUGAGAACAGCGGGAGCAUUCUCUGUGAGUGGCAGCGAGCUUCAACAAGUCAUUGAUGCAAGCAUGAAAAACUUUAAGGCUUUCUUUCGGUGGCUGUACAUUGCUAUAAUGAGACUGUCAAAUGAGCAGCUUCCUCCUGAUUUAGCCAAGAUGACGCAGCAUGACAUCAACUUUGUGGCUGAGUUUCUCAGAGAUAAUUUCGGUGAACCUGAGGAUCCUGAGCCAGCUGCAGCCACAGCUGGUGAUGAGGGGAAGUCCAAACCUCCACAAGUGUUUCGUCUGGAGAAAGUAGGUCAAUACUUGAAGAAUGAGGAUGUAACUCAGCCUCCCAACUACCACGAGAACCCGUGGAUACAGUUCCUCAAUGCUGCUACAUUUCAUAAAGACAGCAAAGUGUUGUACCCCAGCAUGCUGGGCAAGUCAUUGCUGCAGAGAAAAGAAUUGCUGGACAAGGCUGUGGGCAAUGCUGUUUUAGAGCCUGCUAAAGUGAUAGGAGCCUCAAUGUCUCCAGUCAGCUGUUUCUCUCUCUUUUCAGUCAAAGAGUCCCCUGAACCAUCUUCCCAGCCUCCUAAAGUCUGCCAAUUCACAGAUGAAGAUUUGGGCUGCAUCUGGACGGCAUAUGUCCAAGAAUAUUUUCCUUGCAAGUUCCUCUACAUCAUGUGUCAUCCGGUCAGUGAUGUCAGCUCCGUUGAAUUAAUAAAGAUACACAUCGGGAGGAUUGGAGACCCGGACUUGGACGACAGCAUCCAGGGCUUGGACAGACCCGCCCUGAACGCUGGGCCGCUUCUGCCAGCUGCUGGGGUCAACUAUCAGACCAAUGCCAGUGGACUUGCCAUCGCCGUGGGUGGGAUUCGAACCACCGCCUCACUGCUCCUCAAAUCACAAAGAAGAAUCCGACUGUUCUUACUGGAAGAGGGGGACGGUGACGACGAUGAUGAUGAGGAUGAAGAUGGACCCAGAAGUGAGGCAAUGAUGACCAUGUCAAGAGAUGGGGAGAAUGGAGGAGAUGAUGAUGACAAGGAGAAUAUGGCUGACUAGUUUAAAGAUCUGAUGUAGAUUUAUCAUAGAUUUUGCACAUUUCACAUCAUUGGGCAAAGUUUAUAUUCUUAUAAUUUGUUGUUUUUCUGUGUGUUUCACAGAGUUGUAUUUAAGGAAUGGAGUCACUGUAUCUAGAGCUGCUGAUGUCCAUGUCGUACAUAAUAGGCCUACUAAGAUUUUUGUUGAAAAUCAGGCUUUUAAUUUUGUGUUAAUGUGCUUAUUUAUAGUUGCAAAUUCCCCUGAAGGUUCACAUCAUACUUGCAGUAGCUCUCUUGGUGGACCUUUUUAUUCCAUAUUAUCUUUUUGGGAUACAUUAAGCACCACAGCUUGUCAAGUGUGGGUGGUUGGCAGGCUUUGGUGUGGUUUGCUUCUUCGUUCCUAUCAAACAUUCUGACAUCCUUAUUAUAUCUUUUCCUUCUCAUUUGUGUUUGUUACUUUUGUAGCACCUCAAAUAUUCAGCGCAUAUCGCUAGCCACGUGAUUCAUCUGCUUAAGUGCCAAGAGACAAAUUUUUCAGGAGAAGCAAAAAACUGUUUUAUUUCGUUAUGCUCGUAUCUAUGAAUGUGAAAUUCAGAUAUAUAUGAUAUAAUAUGAAGUAGGACAAUGGUCUGUAUCCAACUUUAAAAAAAAAAAAAAGCUUUCUUACAUAAGUUAAUGGACAUGGCGGUUUAGAGCUACCUAAAUCUGCGUGAUUCAACUGCUUAAGUCACAGUAUGACGGCGUCUAGGCAUUUUAAUCGCGUUAAUCAACGCCACUCGCCGAGCAUCAGUGGUCGCUUGCAUGUUUAAGUGAUCAAUAAAAGCAAAUUAUAAUAGUUUGUAAGGGUAAUUAUAAAUUUAACAAUAAUUAUGAAGUUAUCAGCUUCUAGGGCAGGACUGUUUUUGGCCUUGUGAAGUUGGUAAAACGACCAUUCAUCUUAACGUUCAAUUUGUACUGGAUGUUUUCGUACAGUGUGUAUCAAAGGUAAUGAACGUUUGUGAUCAGAACAAUUAUGUAGCAAACUGACAGCACUGGUUUUUCCCACGUAAGCUGUUGGCAAGGUCUCCAUCUUCUAGGAAGUAUGAAUUGUGAGCUUCUUUACUCAUUUGUGAAUACAAACAAAACUAAAUGAUUCAAACAAGAAAAUUGCACUCCAUUUUGUAGUAUUAUCUAUGUUUAUUUCAAUUUUAUUUCAUAUUCAUUUUUGGAUGACGACUCAGUCAUCAGACUCUUGUGUGGCACUUGGUUUUUCCAGCAUGAGACAAUUCGGAGAAAA